GGCGGCGACUGCAGCAUGUGCGAGGGUCCGUCUCGCAUCUCGGGGCCCAUCCCCCCAGACCCUACGCUUUGCCCCGACUACUACCGGCGGCCGGCCUCGGCCCAAGGGCGUCUUGAGGGAAACGCGCUGAAACUGGACCUGCUGACCUCUGACCUGGACCUAGACACCACCCCUCCCCGCGGCCCCCGCAUCCGCCCCGGAGCCCGAGAGAUCCUGGAGCGGGGCCGGCGCGGCGUCGGGGAUGUUCUGCUGCAACUCGAGGGCAUCUGCCUAGGUUCAGGGGCCUCUCCCAAGAGGAAGGACCCUAAAGACCAUGAGAAGGAAAACCUGAGGCGAAUCAAGGAGAUCCAGAGACGCUUCCGCGAGCAGGAGCACACCCGGGAGAAGGGCCAGCCCAGGCCUCUGAAAGCUCUCUGGCGCUCACCCAAGUAUGACAAAGUGGAGUCCCGGGUCAAGGCCCAGCUGCAGGAGCCCAGCCCUGCCUCUGGAACAGAGCCUGCCCACUUCCUACGGGCACACUCCCGCUGUGGCCCUGGGCUUCCACCACCCCGUGUCUCCAAUACCCAGCUAACCCUACCAGGGCCAAAUGCUAAGGGGCCAAGCCUAGGUGUGGACUUCAUUAGCCACAAUGCCUGCUGUGCCAAGAGGGCCCCCCGGAGGCAUUCCCGUUCGCUGCAGGUUCUGGCACAGGUGCUUGAGCAGAAACAGCAAGCCCAGGAGCACUACAAUGCCACACAGAAGGGCCAUGUGCCCCAUUACUUGUUGGAGCGCAGGGAUUUGUGGCGGCAGGAGGCUGAGGCCCGCCAGCAUGGCCAGCCAGACCCUGCUUUGCCACCUGGCCACACUCGCAUGCCUGAGAACCAGAGGCUGGAGACACUGAACAAUCUGCUCCAGAGCCAGAGCCAGCUGCUGCGUGAACUGGUGCUGCUGCCUGCUGGGGCCGACUCACUGAGGGCCCAGGGCCACCGUGCUGAGCUGGACCAGAAGCUGGUGCAAGUAGAAGAGGCCAUCAAGAUCUUUUCCCGCCCCAAGGUCUUCGUGAAGAUGGAUGCCUGAGCCCUUUUUAUAGGGGUAGUGGUGAGGGUCCUCAUGGAGGAUCACCACAUGGCUGCAAAGGACAGGGUCUGGCCUCAUCAUAGAGUGGAGUCCGAAGACAGGAGCAGUGGGUGAGCAGUAUCCCCAGAGCACUCUGCCCAGCCACUGGUGGCUGUGAAAGGGCCAUCACAGCCUCUUAACUCCAUUGUCAAAAUUAAACCUUUUGUAUAGUGGGA